ACUACAAACACCCUCGUUUCUGCUUCAGAAGCCUUGUCCUCCCCGCCUUUGCCACACUCUCCACCUUCUCCUUACCCGGAUCCUACUUUUGUCCUCUUCUGCUCGCUUCUCUCUCCCCCUGACUCUUCGGACCUUGGACGCGCUCUCCACCUGCCCAGGUGCGCGCCCCUGCCUGCGCCUGCGCUCUGCACCUGCGGAAACCGGGCGCCAGGAGCAGGCACCUGGGCUCGGCCAGUGCGGGUCCCAUAGCGCCAGGACAGGUGGCGGGACUCGCCUCCCGGGAUCGGGGCGUCGCGAUGGGCUGCUCCAGCAGCGCCAUCAACAAGGCCAGCGACAGCAGCAGGCUCCGCCGCGAAGAAACUGAGUCCUGCUUUGCCCAGCCCAAGCCAGGUACACCGGGAAGAGAACCUACUGUUUAUGGCAAAGUACUAAAGGAAAGUCUUCCUCCACUAGAGAAGCUCAAGAUUCCUGCGGUGUCUACAGCUAAUGGUGUCAAAGCCUUCAGUGAACAGCCCCUGGUGAAGGGUGAUGGAGACCUACCUGGAACUACUGAGAAGAUUCAACCUCUAGACGGGCCCAAGGAGUGUGAGCCACCCCAGCCAGAUAACAAAGAUGACAUUCCAGGGGCAGAAGAAGAGAAGGAGGAUGUGACAGCAGUGACAGAGAUUCAGCCUGUAAGAGGUAAUGUUGAGAUGGAAUCUUCUGGAACCAAGCUUCAGUCUUUGAGGGUAGCAGGCAAGCAGGAGCCAGUAGAGGGUACUGAGAAUCCAGAAAUUGUCAGAGAGCUAAACCCUCUAGGAAAAGCCGAGAAAAACCUUCCUCUGGAAGCAGUUGGAAAGCCACAACCUGAAGAAGUAAUAGAAAAGGAUGAGCGGCCCCAGUUCCUGCAAACAGUUUCCAAGAAGAUGAACUCUCCAGAAAUACUGGGAGAAACGCAACUUGUGGAGACGCUAGAAGAGCCAAAACUCCAAGAAGCAGUGGGAAAAGAUGAACAGCCCCAGUACCUGGAAGCAAGUCACCAAAAGAAUGAAUCUCUGGAAGUACUGGAAGGAAGUCAGCUUGUGGCAAGAGCUGCAGAGAAGGAAGGGCUACAGAACGCUUCUGUCGGGCCAGGAAACACGGAGCAGAUUCAACCUGAAGGCAUUUCGGGGAUUGCUGAGCACCCAGCAGGAAUUAUAGCAUCAGAACCAAAUAUGGAUGUGGUCGGGACAGUCCACACGGCUGGAGAGGGCCAACAUGUUGAAGGUGAGACAGGAGAAAAGGUUGAAACAGAGAUGGAAAAUGAGAAACUAAGCAAAAGGAUUGGCGCAAAAGAAGAAGAAACAGGAGAAGCUGUGGAUCUCUCAGCAACCACAUAGAUGGGUAUGGUGAUAGAAGGAUGAACAGACAGAGUGUAUCAUAAUAGAGAAGACACAACAAUGGUUAAGGAGCUGGUGUUUACAGAGCGGAUCUUUCAAACACUUUAUGUCUUAUACAGGGAAUGUAAUGAUCCUAUUCCUGAUUAUGUUAUUCCAUAAAACUGCUAAGUUUUGGGGGCCAAGCGGCGGUGUACCCAGCUAAAUACACACAUUAACACACUUGAGGACCUUGAUUCCAGAGCCUGCUCCUUACCUGCAGGGGGAAGCUUCACAAGUGGUGAAGCAGUGCUGCAGGUGACUCUCUUUCUCUUUUCCUCUUUAUCCCUCUCUAUUUCUCUAUCUCUAUUAAAAAGGAAGGGAAAAUGCAUACUAAGAGUGAUGGAUUUGUCUUGCAGGUUAUCACUGAGUCCCAACGGUACCCUGGUGGUAAUAAAAAAUAAUAAGAUACACCUUUACAACUACAAUAGUCAGAGAAAUUACAAAGAGGGUGUGUGACCAGUUAAAAGUGUGAGGAUUUGUUUGUUUGUUUGUUUUUCCAUCAAGACAAGAGGUUAGUUUCUACAAAAGGAGACUCUAAAAAUGUAAACUUUUUCUUUUUUUUCCUUUUAGCAGGCCAGUACUUAGUUCUAGCUUUUGGUGGUGCCAGUGAUUGAACCUGGGUCCUCUCAGCCCCUCGGACAUGACAGUCGCUUUGCAUAAACAUUAUACUAGCUUCCCAGCCCAGUGAGAACCUUUAAAUAUAGAUGACUGGAGAAAAGAAUCAUCAAGAUUUAGGAAGCUCAUGAUAAAAAAGGCUGCCAGUUAUAAUCACGAUGAACAACAUGAUUAAGCAAGCAGGAUAAACUAUGCCUAGUAUUUCUUUCCUAUAUCAGAUAAUUUAAAGCUGGUUGGAACCUUUGAAAAUAUAUCAUCUAUUAACCUUCUCACUUUAAACUUCCCUACUAGCAAACAUCCCUAUUUAUCAUGAUUUUUUAAAUAGGGCAACACAGUCAUUAUCAGUGGAAUGCAAACUCUGGUGCUGUUGCAAGAUUAGGCAUCUUCUCAGUGAAAAGUGGCACAAUUUCCACAUGCCAUUGCAAAUCAACUGUUGACUUUAUAUUUCUAUGAGGUGUUUCAAGCAGAGUUGCCCUAUUGACUGGCAUCAUGAGUACUGUAAAACGUAUUUCAAAGGUAAUACUUCUCAAGAAUAAAAAACCUUAAUUUGUUGACUCUAUGGAGACCAUUCUUUGACUCCCACCUUUUCUUUUUUUAAAAUUUAUUUAUUUACUAAUGAGAAAGAUAGAAGAGAGAGAAAGAACCAGACAUCACUCUGGUACCUGUGCUGCUGGGGAUUGAACUCAGGACCUCAUGCUUGAGAGUCUAGUGCUUUAUCCACUGCACCACAUCCCAGACCACUGACCUGAAACUUUUUAAAUCAUCAUUGUAGUUCCACAAACAAUAUAUUUUUAGUCUGCGAAUUUAUCUAAUCAGAAGCUGAUAUGAUAUCUUUCAAUAUGUCAUUAGUAGUCCAUAGGUAUUUUUCUUGAUCAAAAGGUAUUUUAUACAGAUGUCUAAUAAGUAAAAAAAAUGUCAAGACAUUGUAAAAUAUGAGUGGUUACUUUAAGAAGUGGAACUUUCAGGGCCAGGUGGUGGCACACCGGGUUAAGUGCACAUAGAAGUGGAACUUUCUUUUUUAUCAAGGAACAGAAUAGUAGGCUUAAUUUAUUGAGUUCUCAAAAAGACUCAUUCUCUUUUAUAUGAAUUGUCUUUUUAAAAAUCCAUAACAUUGGGAGUUGGGUGGUAGCACAGUGGGAUAAGCACACAUGGCGCAAAGUGCAAGAUCUGCCGUA